CAUCUUCAUCUUUAUCGCGCCUAAACAAAAAAAAAACCCUUCCUUUUCUCUUUAAUGGCGUGAUUUAUCUUCUCCUCCCCCCCUCCCCUCUUGUAAAAAUCGAGUCUUUUUCUCUCCAAACAGUCUCUUUUAAACCUCUGUUUUUUUUCAUUCCUUCUAUAAACCAUGGCGAUUCUUCCCGCCUUGUUCCUGUUUCUCUUCAUCUCUGUUUCGGGUUCCGCCAUUGUUGAUCUAAACUCAGAAACAACUUCUCUAAUCUCCUUCAAACUCUCACUCGAAAACCCAUCUCGUCUUUCUUCAUGGAACGUUUCGUCUUCCUCUCACUGUGAUUGGGAAGGCGUCACGUGUUUGUUCGGACGAGUCUACUCUCUCUCUCUGCCUUCAAUGUCUCUCAAAGGCCAUCUCUUUCCUCCUCUCUUCUCCUCCCUCCCGUCUCUCUCCGUCCUCGACUUGUCGGGAAACUCACUCUCCGGCCAGAUUCCGAAGGAGAUUUCGAGUUUGAAGAAUCUUAAAUCGCUCUCUCUAGCUAAAAACCACUUCUCCGGGAAGAUUCCGUCUGAAAUCGGUGAAAUGAAACAGCUUCAAACCCUAGACCUCUCUGGAAACUCACUCACGGGACUCCUCCCGAGUCAACUCAGCGAGUUACCUCACCUCCUUUACCUUGACCUAAGUGACAACCACUUCUCAGGUUCGCUUUCUCCUUCCUUCUUCCUUGGCUUCCCUGCUCUGUCUUCACUCGACGUCUCCAACAACUCACUCUCCGGCAAAAUCCCACCAGAGAUUGGGAAAUUGGGUAACCUCUCUGAUCUUUACAUGGGACUCAACUCGUUUUCCGGUUUAAUCCCUCCGGAGAUAGGUAACAUCUCGUUGCUGAAGAACUUUGUUGCUCCUUCAUGCUUCUUCAAAGGGCCGUUACCAAACGAGAUAUCGAAGCUGAAACACUUGGCAAAGCUUGACCUUUCUUACAACCCACUCAAGUCUUCAAUCCCUAAAUCAUUCGGAGAGUUGCAGAAUCUGAGUAUACUGAAUCUUGUAUCCGCUGAGCUUAACGGAAUGAUCCCACCAGAGCUUGGUAAUUGUAAAAGCCUCAAGACACUGAUGCUUUCUUUCAACUCUCUCUCUGGUUCUUUGCCAUUUGAGCUUUCAGAGAUACCUCUGUUGACGUUUUCUGCUGAAAGGAAUCAGCUUUCGGGUGUAUUGCCUUCUUGGAUUGGUAAAUGGAAGGAACUGGACUCACUUCUCUUGGCUAACAAUCGGUUUACAGGACAUAUCCCUCGUGAGAUUGAAGAUUGUCCAAUGUUAAAGCAUCUCAGUUUAGCUAGCAACUUGUUAACUGGUUUGAUUCCUAGGGAGAUUUGUGGUUCAGGUUCGUUGGAGGAGAUUGAUCUCUCUGGGAACUUUCUUUCAGGAACUAUUGAGGAGGUCUUCGUUGGAUGUUCUUCUCUUAUUGAGUUGGUUCUCACCAAUAACAAGAUCAAUGGCUCUAUUCCUGAGGAUCUUUCCAAGCUUCCACUGAUGGCACUUGACUUGGAUUCCAACAACUUCACAGGAGAAAUCCCAAAGAGUCUCUGGACAUCAACGGACUUGAUGGAGUUCUCAGCGUCUUAUAACCGUCUACAAGGUUAUUUGCCUGCAGAGAUUGGCAAUGCAGCUUCACUGACACGGCUGGUUCUCAGUGAUAAUGAGUUACAAGGUGAAAUCCCAAGAGAGAUUGGAAAGCUUACAUCUUUGUCUGUACUGAAUCUGAAUUCAAACAAGCUUCAAGGGAAGAUACCAAACGAGCUUGGUGACUGUACUUCUUUGACUACAUUGGAUCUUGGCAACAACAAUCUUCAAGGACAGAUUCCAGACAGAAUUACUGGUCUUGCUCAGCUUCAAUGCCUGGUUCUCUCUUACAACAAUCUCUCAGGGUCGAUUCCAUCAAAACCGUCUUCUUAUUUCCAUCAGACUGACAUGCCUGAUCUGAGCUUUCUUCAGCACCAUGGGGUAUUUGAUCUCUCCUUCAACCGAUUGACUGGUCCUAUACCAGAAGAGCUUGGCGACUGUGUGGUAGUGGUAGAGAUUUUACUGAGCAACAACCAUCUCUCCGGAGUAAUCCCAGCUUCACUCUCUCGUUUGACCAACCUUACAAUUCUGGAUGUAUCUGGAAAUGCCCUUACUGGCUCCAUUCCAGAGGAGAUGGGCCACUCUCCUAAGUUGCAGGGAUUAAACUUGGCGAAUAAUCAGCUCAAUGGCCAUAUACCGGAAAGCUUUGGCCUUUUAGGUAGCUUGGUGAAGCUAAACUUGACCAAGAACCAGCUGGAUGGAUCGGUUCCUGCUUCUCUUGGGAACUUGAAAGAGGUUACACACAUGGACUUGAGUAUUAACAAGCUAAGUGGUGAGCUUCCAUCAGCACUGUCUCAGAUGCUCAAACUUGUAGGCCUUUACAUUGAACAGAACAGGUUCACUGGAGAAAUCCCUUCAGAUCUUGGUAACCUUACGCAGCUUGACUUGGUGAAGCUAAACUUGACCAAGAACCAGCUGGAUGGAUCGGUUCCUGCUUCUCUUGGGAACUUGAAAGAGGUUACACACAUGGACUUGAGUAUUAACAAGCUAAGUGGUGAGCUUCCAUCAGCACUGUCUCAGAUGCUCAAACUUGUAGGCCUUUACAUUGAACAGAACAGGUUCACUGGAGAAAUCCCUUCAGAUCUUGGUAACCUUACGCAGCUUGAGUACUUUGAUGCUUCUGAGAACUGGUUAUCUGGAGAGAUACCAACAAAGAUCUGUGGAUUGCCUAAUCUGGUGUUCUUGAAUCUAGCCAAGAAUAAUCUGGGAGGAGAGGUGCCGAGAGAUGGUGUUUGCCAGGAUCCUUCCAAGGCAUUGCUUUCAGGGAACAAAGAGUUGUGUGGCAGAGUGAUUGGAUCAGAUUGCAAGAUCGAUGGAACUAAGUUGAUGAGUGCUUGGGGACUUGCAGGGAUCAUUCUUGGGGGUAUGAUCAUCAUCUCUGUGUUUGUUUUCUCUCUGUGCAAGUGGGUUAUGACAAAGAGAGUGAAGCAUAGAGAUGAUCCAGAGGGAAUGGAGGAAACCAGGUUAAAAGGUUUUGUUGAUCAAAAUCUCUAUUUCUUAAGUGGAAGCAGAUCAAGAGAGCCAUUAAGCAUCAAUGUGGCCAUGUUCGAGCAGCCACUUCUGAAGGUGAGUCUAGGAGAUAUUGUGGAGGGAACAGAUCACUUCUGUAAGAAGAACAUAAUAGGAGACGGUGGUUUUGGGACAGUUUACAAAGCUUGUUUACCCGGUGGGAAAACAGUAGCGGUCAAGAAGCUAAGCGAAGCCAAGACUCAGGGAAACCGUGAAUUCAUGGCAGAAAUGGAGACCCUAGGGAAAGUGAAGCAUCCGAAUCUUGUGUCUUUGCUUGGAUACUGCUCCUUCAGUGAAGAGAAGCUUCUUGUGUAUGAGUACAUGGUAAAUGGGAGCUUGGACCACUGGUUAAGGAACCAAACUGGGAUACUAGAGGUACUAGACUGGUCCAAACGUCUCAAAAUCGCUGUUGGAGCGGCAAGAGGGUUAGCUUUCUUACACCAUGGCUUUAUCCCUCAUAUCAUACACAGGGAUAUCAAAGCAAGCAAUAUUCUGUUGGACGGUGACUUUGAACCUAAGGUUGCAGAUUUUGGGUUAGCUAGAUUGAUCAGUGCGUGUGAGACACACGUGAGCACAGUGAUCGCGGGGACGUUUGGGUAUAUCCCACCGGAAUAUGGGCAGAGCGCAAGAGCCACAACCAAAGGAGACGUGUACAGUUUCGGGGUGAUUUUGUUGGAGCUGGUCACAGGGAAAGAGCCUACUGGUCCAGACUUUAAAGAGAGUGAAGGAGGGAACUUGGUUGGUUGGGUGAUUCAGAAGAUAAACAAAGGGAAAGCGGUGGAUGUUCUAGAUUCUCUGGUUGUGUCUGUGGCUGUGAGACACUCAAUGCUUCGACUGCUUCAGAUUGCUGUGCUCUGUCUUGCAGAAACGCCAGCUAAUCGCCCAACCAUGCUUGAUGUGUUGAAGGCCCUCAAGGAGAUAUAGAGCUGUAACCCUAAACCUUGUUGUUGUUUCAUGUGUUUCGUGUUGUUUAAGUCACUGCCAGUGCUAACCAAAAAAAGUGAGUGUAGGGUUUGUAAUGUUAAUGUAAUUCUGAAUAUCAGAAAACCAGACUUUUUUUUUUCAAUUCCUUAUUAGUGACAAAACACUCAAA